AUGCCUCCCAAGAAGUGGGACGAAGAGGAGAGCGGCGACGAGAGCUCCGGCCCUGCCUCUCCCGUUGGCGGCGCCAUCCCCAUCCGCCGCAAGUUUGAGGACGAGGAGGAUGAGGAUGACGUCCUGGACUCCUGGGAUGCCGCCGAAGACUCCGAGGUCGAGCGCGAGAAGGCCAAGAAGGCCGAGGAGGCAAAGGCCAAGGCCCUCGAGGAGGCUAAGAAGAACAAGAAGUCCAAAGCUCAGCGCAUCGCCGAGCUGAAGGAGGAGCGCGCCCGCCUCGAGGCCGAGGACUCUGGCGAGGAGGAGACCGAGGCCGAGAAGAGAGAGCGCCUCCGCCGCACCGAGAAGGAGUCGGACCUGAAGCACGCCGAGGACCUCUUCGGUGAUAUCGGCGUUCCCGCCGGCCGCAAGGCCAACGUCGCCGGUACCGCCGUCCAGAUCGACCCCAACGACCCGACCAAGACGGCCAACAUCGCCGACAUGCCCCUCUUCAACCCCAUCACCAAGACCCAGUUCGAGCACCUCCGCACCACGCUGACCCCCAUCCUCGCCAACAACUCCCGCAAGGCUCACUAUGGCCUCUUCCUCCAGGAGUUCACCAAGGCCCUGGCCAAGGACCUGCCCAGCGACCAGAUCAAGAAGAUUGCCAGCACUCUCACCGCCCUUGGCAACGAGAAGAUGAAGGAGGAGAAGGCCGCCCAGGGCGGUAACAAGAAGAGCAAGGCGGCCAAGACCAAGGUCUCUGCCGUCGUCAGCCGUGCCCCCGUGGCCGACACCGAGACGUACGAGGAUGACGGCUUCGGAGACGACGACUUUAUGUGA